GUAAAUAAUUGACACCCAACUUUUGUUUACCAGAUAAAAUAAAUUUCUAGAUUUUUUUUGUUAAAAACGAAAUACCGUUUAGAAGCUAGAAGUAUAAAAAAUAAUCAGAAAACAGGUGCUCUGAAUGUUGUGUUGUUGUUCUGAUAAGGAGGACUACGGAAAGGGUCCGAUGGCUGCGAUACGAAAGAAAUUAGUAAUUGUUGGGGAUGGAGCCUGCGGAAAAACCUGUCUUCUAAUAGUAUUUAGUAAAGAUCAAUUCCCCGAAGUGUAUGUGCCUACAGUAUUCGAAAACUAUGUGGCGGAUAUUGAAGUGGAUGGAAAGCAAGUCGAGCUAGCCUUAUGGGAUACGGCUGGCCAGGAAGAUUACGAUCGUUUACGUCCUCUUUCAUAUCCAGACACCGAUGUGAUUUUAAUGUGUUUCUCAGUAGAUUCACCUGAUUCCUUAGAAAACAUCCCGGAGAAGUGGACUCCUGAGGUAAAACAUUUUUGUCCAAAUGUGCCAAUUAUCCUUGUAGGCAAUAAGAAGGAUUUGCGUAAUGAUCCAACAACUAUUAACGAACUUAAAAAAAUGAAACAAGAACCAGUAAAACCUCAAGAUGGAAGGUCAAUGGCAGAAAAGAUUAAUGCUUUCGCGUAUUUAGAAUGUUCAGCUAAAAGUAAGGAAGGUGUCAGAGAAGUUUUUGAAAAUGCUACUCGGGCUGCGUUACAAGUUAAAAAGAAGAAGAAGCAUCGUUGUGUUAUGAUUUAAAUAUUCUAUAUUUUAUAUUAAUUGUGUGUUAAUUCAUUUUCUGAGGGGGAUAAAAAAAAUUAUGUAUCCACUAACAAAAUAAACCCCUUUUCUCUUCAGUUCUCAUUUAUUUUUUUUGUUUAAAUUCCUUCUGUGGGCAACAAUUCAGUUAUAUUUUCGUAUGUAUCGAUAUAAAAAUAAGUGUCCGGUGCACAAAAUGUGUUAAAUGUCCACUUAUAUUAUCUAUUUUACUAAUUUAAAUCUAUAUUAUUCUUUUUUAGUAUUUCUCUUUUAUUUUACCAUCAUUAUGUUGCAAAAAAUACCUAUUUAAAACUAGUUUUUAUGUAGCAUUUACUGUUAAUGAAUUAUUUUUAUUUAAACUUGAAAAAAUACAUUAAAUCAUUUAUUUUCCCUUUUACAACAUAAUGAUUGGACUAUUCGUUAAAAACAUAUUUACUUAAUAAUUUUGUCGCUAUGGAUAUAGGUUUGUCACUUACAGGUCUUCAGAAUACCCUUUUGAUUUAGUAAUUUUGACAAAAAUAAUAAGGGGCAACUAAUAGAAUUGUAUUACGCCAGUUGCCUAUUGUAUUAGCUUUAAAUUUUUCAAUAUAUUGUAUUCUAAAAAUAAAAUUGUUUUCCUAUAAUAUGUGUAUGGCAUUUAUUAUUAAUAAAAAAAAAGUAAUAAGGAG